CCAGCAUCGACCGCGCACUCGGCCAGAACAGCCCAUAACACGCUCCCCGGUCAACGCCGUGAGCCUGCUAAAGCUGCAGGCCGACUUGCCAGCAAAGACGGUCACUCUGCACGGCUCCUACGCUCUGUUCUUCACGCCCUUAGCCGUGGCCGUCCCGCCACCGUGGUGGCCGAGAUCCGUCCAUGGACGGCCCAAGCAAGCCAGCUAGCUGUAGCCCUUGGUUCGAUCGUACUUACUAUCUCGGCGUCCUCCGAGAGAACAAGUCGGUCGCAUGUGCUCUUUCUGCUAGUUCCAUAUCAACCCUCGCGGGCUACCCGCUAGAUUCCCUCAAGUCCAGACUGCAGACAAACAAAACAGGCAUUUCCGUUGUCCGCCUCGCAUCGCUCGUCUACCGUGAAGAGGGAUUCAAAGGAUUCUAUCGCGGUUUAUGGAUACCCCUCAUUACCAUAUCUGCUGUCCGCACUGCUUCCUUUACUAUAUACACAGGCACAAAAGAUUUCUGUCGCGACAAUGGACUGCUCUUGCGUCCCAGCGUCAUCAAUGCCGCGCUGGCAGGCGGGAUAAGUGGCGCUCUUGCCGGCGCACUCAUCUCGUUUGGAAGUGCCCCCUUCGAGCUUGUCAAGGUUCGCCGUCAACUCGAGUAUACCAUUGCACAGAGCAGGGGCGUCACUUUCCAGAAGCCACCAAAUACGAUGGAGGCCGUGCGCGACAUUAUCCGUCACAAUGGAACAUUGGGGCUCUAUCUGGGUUUCCGGCUGCACUUUUUACGUGAUACGUUAGGCACCGCAUUGUACUUUUGCGAGUACGACGCCAUGCGACACCUUCUAGGCCGAAAACGCUCGGGUGCUCAGGGCGCCACACCGACAUGGUUCCCACUGCCGGUCUCGCUCGUGCCGUUUGUUUGCGGCUCUUUCGCGGGCGUGACGUCUUGGGCACUUAUUUACCCACUGGAUGUCGUCAAGACUAAAGUCCAGCAACGUGCCUUGGCCGGCAAUCCGCCACGCGGUGUGUUUGAGACGCUUCGGCGACUUGUGCGCGGUCCGGACGCAAAGGAUCCCAAGCCGAUAUUUGAGGGUCUAGCGCGAAUCUAUCGAGGUCUCGGCGUCAGUGCUGUUCGCAGUAUCACGACACACGGUCUGUUGUGGACGUUCUACGACAUGACAUCGCAAUACAUUGACAAACUGAAUUGAACUGACACCCAUCCCGGCCAUGGGCUAUAUUGGUAUUGACGAUUUGAUCAAGACAUGGACAAGCGAUUGUGGGGACAAAAUAUUCAACCAAAGCUAACGCAGCAUUAGACACAUUGCGCAAUUUGUAUCAUAUUACCAUAUUUGCCAUUGCAACUAGUUCAUAAUAAACUCAUACAUCGCAGCAUUAAUAGUCCUCGCUCGACGGUAAACGAAUCCAGACACUCAAGCUAUGGUGUACUUUCCGUAGUUCUUCUCAGGAUCGAAUACCUCCCACCGCGAUGCGGGAAAGAUAUGCUUGUUGCGUUGGUACCAGCUCCGCGCAACAACCUUACCCGCGUGCGACUCGUCCUUCUCUAGUGUUGCAUCGGCCAAGAUGCGCACAUCGUCAUGCACGUCAAAAUUGAAAAGCGGCCCCGACUUGCCACGGGCUUUGUUUAUUAUGAAGUCGUAGAACGUGUGAUGAUGAGGUAUAAUGAGAUCCUCCUUGAUGUACAUAAGGUUGUCCACAGUGACGUUACGGAGUUCGGGGAACUGCUGGCGACACUUAUCCAAGAAGGUGCUGAUAGAGUCACCUUUCCUGCACUGCGGGGUGGUCAGGAACGUUCAGGGCUAUUUGCUCUAUCACUCACAUUGACACUCUUGCGAUGACCGCUGCCAUCCCAGUACGAGUACGUCACUUCGAUUUCUUCUUGCUUCAGUUCUUCUUGCUUUCGCAACCACUCCUGACGAAGGCGUUCUCGCUCCUUCCUCUCUGCUUCUUCGCGUUCGCGGUCGGGAAGGAAAGUGGUAUCAACGUUCGGAUUCUUUCCAAGCUUGGCACGUUUUGUCGAGGGCUCUUUACUAGACCGUUCGUCAUCUUUGGCCGAAGAGACGUCACCCUCCUCGUCGUCAUCCAUGGCAAACGAGAGGGUGGCCUUGGCAGCCUUCUUCCGUUUCUUCAUCUUCUUUGUCUCCUCCCUAAGCAGACACUCCACGCCCUAUCAGUGACCUGUGCAUAGACGGCGGGGAGGCUGGGGUCGGAUGGAUUGUGACUUACUUGAGCUCGCUGGUCAUGGCCGCUUCGCGUGCCUUGAGCUCCUCGAGUUCUCUACGACGCUGCUGAAAAUCCUCAAGCUUGACGAGGCCAACGGUGCUGUUCUUGAGAGUCUCCUCCAUGGAGUCAUUCUGACCGAUGAAUUUGUUGGAGGAAGGACGCGACUUCUCGGUCUCUGCAAUGAGAGACUGCUUUUGACGUUCGUACUCUUCGCGGUUACGAGCACGCUCUUUUGCGAGAACAUCCUGACGGAGGCCUUCUGCUU